CAUCUUCCCAUCUACAUCUUUCGAAGAAUCGAACGCCGUUACGCGCUCGCUCGCUCGCGCGUCGCCACAACACGACUGAACAUUCAACAAUCUAUCUCAAGUCCAGGGGCCCGGGGAAUGGAGGACUCGGAGGGAGGCUCAAACGGAGGAGGAUCGGGCGACAUAGCUCACAGUAGCGAGAAACGACGUCCUGGCAGGCCCAAAGGCUCAAGAAACAAGUCAAAAACACCAUCUGCAUCCUCUCUUGAGCCUCCGCGACCCCGAGGACGACCUCGUGGUUCGGGGCCAAAGCAGCUUGCCGCUGCUGCUGCUGCCCGUUUGGCUGCAUCUCGGGCAGCCACACGUUCAUCCACCCCAUCUUUGGACCAAGAAUCGGCGUCGCAGCCUGAAUCGAGUGAACUGCACCUGCCUAAACGCCCCGUUGGGCGACCUCGUUUACAUCCCGCCCCUCCCACAACAACUGUCAAUGUUGGACGCACAAACACCGUUCCGGGGAUGCCUGCUGUAAUUCGUUCUCGGCCUCCCGAUGCUGUAGACAACAACAAUCCCAACAAUAUACAUCUCAUUUUUCUGAAUGCCCCUCGUUUCGCUGUGCCCUCGUCGACAUCCGCUCCAGCUCCAUCAUCUUCUCAGACAGCUUUGUCGCCACCGUUGCACGAGGGACCAAACGAAACCCGAGAAGGGUCGACGUCGACAAAUCCGAGUCAUCCGCAACCCAUCUGCGCAGAUAGGAGGCCAACGGUCGAAGAGAUUGAGGAUGAAGAGGAUGAAGAAGAUGGAUAUGAUGAUUAUCUCAACGACGGAAUUGGAGAGGACCCAGGAGGCGAUGACGACGAAGACGACGGAGACAGCGAUGGGUUGUCUGGCGGUCAGGAGAGCUCGAGUGCGGACCCCAAACCACAAAGAACACCGCGGCCAUACCCAACCUGGGUAACAUCCCGCUUCACUUCUCAUGUCGCAGCAAGUGCGCAGCGCGGUGCGGAUGGUCUCCCUCCCUUGUAUCGAGACCACAAGUCAUUCUGGUUUCUCGCGGAAGAUCCAUUCUUCUCAACGCAGAACGUCGAAGAUCUCAAGCCUGAAUCUCUUUUCCAUCCCCGAUUCUUUCUAUGGGAUCCCAUGGCUCUGGGCCAGGUUCCGUGCCCGCGGGAGGGCUGUAGAUCGAACCUCAAUCGACAUGCCACAAUCAAGCGGCCACGGAGAUGUGUUGACUUUGACGACACCUUCUACAUGAUCGGAUAUCGCUAUAGAUGUCCAAAGUGUGUCCAUUCCAAGUCUGGGAAGAACACCGUCACAUACAACAGCUGGGAUGCUGCCAUCCUCUGCAAAAUCCCCCGGGCUCUUGCGAACGCGUUUCCUGCUGUGCUCAGUCAUCGGAGCGCCAUUUCCGAGCGCGUGUUUAUGUUCAUGCGAUCUUGCUUCCAGAGUGGGAUGGGGGCCAAGCAGUUCUCUGACGCUCUUCGUGUUCGCCAUCUCGAAAACUACGACAAGCUGCAAGUGUCUUAUCUCUCGACCAUUGCUCGUGCUCGGUCCGACAACAUAUGGCUUGGAGCAAAUCGCAAAUACAAGCACUUUCUGCCGUUUGAGGAUAUGUCAAGUGACGGGUUUCACGGCUACAUUCCGAGUUCACAGCUUCUUCGGGAUCUCUUCGACCGCUUUAUUGAACAUCAUGGCCCGGACUUCAAUCAGGCCAUCUCACUACUCACUGGAUGGUUGUGCGCUAUCGAUCACAGCUUUAAGUUCGAGCUCCAGUUGGCAAAGCAUAUUGCCAAAGUCAACGGGGAGCAGAUAUUCAUCGCUCUGCUCACCGUGACUAACGAGCUGGGCGAGAUACGCGUCUGCAAUCUUGUGGCCACCAAGUCACAUACCCAAUUUGAGCUUGCGCUGGAUCGAAUGCGGGAAUCCCUUAAGCGUUAUGGGCAUGACCAGCCCGCUAUCUUCUAUACGGAUAACAUGGCUGACAAGGCUUUCCUUGAGCGGUGCUUUCCCUCUCUCUGUGAGGACGUUGUCGCCGUUGAGAAAUACAGUCAGCUGGAGUGCUUAGAGCUUCCGCGACGCGAGAACGUCUAUGUGAUGCAUGCGCAUGAUGAGAUCAAUGAGGCCAUGCGUGCAAUUCUGCAUGAGCUUCCUGAAGACUCUCUGUCUGCAGAACUGGUUCUGUUCGUUGACUCCGAGUGGAAUGUGGAGACAUCCACACAGGGUUAUGUAACGGGACGGGGAUCUACUGCAAUUUUGCAGCUCGGGUUCCGAGACAAGAUCUACAUUCUACAAAUUGGACGGAUGCUUUCAGGCGGUCGAAUGCCACCUGCGCUCAAACAAUUGUUCACCAAUCCACGUAUCCUAAAGGUUGGACGAGCGGUGCAUGCAGAUCUCAAAUACCUCCAAGAAGCUUGUGCUAGCACCGAACCGUUUGUCGGCGCAGUAGAUCUAGCGCGCCUUGCCAAAGAUCGACUCGUGAUCUCGACUGCUAAAGUUGGGCUUGACGAUCUCUGUGCCCGUGUGCUUGGGAAGCGGCUCAACAAAAAUGUAGCGGAGCGUGUGAGCACCCUCUGGGAGACAGAGACCCUAUCAGAAGCACAGAUAACCUAUGCUGCGCUUGAUGUUCAUGCUUGCCGAUGUCUUUAUGAUGUCCUUUCCCAAAUCUCGCCCCCUGUCCCAUUACCAAAGACUGCUGGUAUAGGAACAGAGGUUCUCCUGUUCUCAGAGGAUCGCACCCGUGUUGUGGCCCAUGGAACAAUCAGCGCGGUGAGCGGCAAGUAUCAAGAACGCAUCACCAUUACUGCAUCCCAAUGCAUUGUGCGUGUGACGGAAGUCGUCGUUCCAGGUGCUCUAGCCAAGCUGGGAACAAAGAGUGUGUCCCUCGAAGAGCUUGGAGACACUCCUUUCGAAGUUAUCUGGCGCCGAAAUCAUCUCCAUCUACAUUCACCAAUACCAAUGCCUGUUCCUCUUUCGUCCCUCCAGCUGACCUCCCAUCCGACUCCGCAUACCUCCGAGAAGGGCAAGCAGACCACUCUGGUUUCUGAUGAUCCGGAGUCAGUCCCCGGAACAAGCCUUGGACAGGUUUUGCGCGAUCUCGAAUCGGGAUCAUCAGACUCAGCGGCUUUACCAAGUCAACCGUUCAAUUCCAUCUCUUAUGCGGUGGAUUUGGAAAGCCAAAAGCAGGGCGAGGUGAUUUUGGAUGCAGAGAUCCAGUGGAAUGAAUGGAGGACAGAGAUUCGAAGUCGGGUGCUCAAGGAUCCUUUCCAUAUCUUUAAUAUGUUCUAUCUUUCUGUCCAGCACUCUCUGCGAGUCGAGUUUGCACGGACUCUGCGAGAUGCACUUUUCAUCCCUGAUCCUUGCGACAAAGCCCGUAUUGUUGAGUGGGGCAGGCGACAGAAUGUGCCGCGUACUUGGGAUGAUCUUCUCUUUCGCAAUGCGGCUUGGCUAUGGAAGCGUUGCAAGAGAAUCAUUCCGCCUCCAGAGGAAUUGUAUGCAUUGGUGUCAGAAGUCUUCCGUGUCUUUGGACCUCUCAAAGAUGCUACAACUGGCCUGCCCUUGUUCAAUUCUGCCGCAUGGGCUGUUGCAAAAAACAUCUUGGAACUCAUUCGGAAAGGUUUCGUCUCAGACCCACCAUCAAUUGCCUUAUACUCGCAGCGGGGAGUUGACAAGAAGACCGGGUUGCCUCUCUUUCGCUGUUUCCGUGGAACGAACUUCACGGAAGGGGGUGUGCAUACUCAUCUUCGCUCUCGAAUGCCGACUUCGGGUGCUUCCAUCCCUCAUGUGAAUGCGACUCUCAAGGACUUCAUUCUUUGUCACAAUAAGCGGGUAGGAACAAUGAAUAGCACCGGGAAACCAUUUCGCGGGCAUUUCUUCAUCUGGCUUACCAAUGAGAUUCAAGAAUACGAGUCAGCACUUGAGGAUGUCAUGCAAGCCCGCCAGGAAUCAUCUAUCUGCCACGUAAAUGGCAACUUUUACCUCCCCACCAAUGAAGUCUCGGGCGUUCUUCCAAUCCCAGCUGAUAUUCGUGUCAAGGCAGGCAUGGCUCCCUUCGAUCCUGUCGUAAACACAAAGGGUCAGCUGCAUCGACACCUUGCAUCAUUACAAGGUACUCGAAAGGCUGUUCUGCCAAUUCAUAAUGAGCCAGAAAAGCUCUUGUUCAAAACUUUCAUGUCCGGUCAACAAUCAUUUGGAAACUUCACAUCUGAUGCGCAAGUCAAUGCCUCAGUUCGCGCUUGGAAUAUACAUGCGGAUACGGAUAAGGACAUUCAUUAUAAACUGCCUGAGCAACUGAAGGCCUAUUACAAUGGAGCAUGGAAGACCAACUCAAAUAUCAAGCAAACGAAAGCACUCACAUCGGAUUCACGUCGCCCGCUUCUAGCCAAAAUUCGUGAUCCGAAGCGUCUUCAGAAUGUCCCUGCAGUACCUGAGACUCCCAUGCGCUUGCCUUCUGUCCCAGCAGGAUUACUCACUCUUGAUUCCUCGGCACCUGUUACAUCACAUUCUCUAGGCCCUGCUCGUUUCAUGCAAACGGGUCUUGACAGCGCAACCAUUGCUGAUUCGGGCGCCGCAGGAAUCACGUUCGCGGCUGGGUCAAGUCAAAGCUCAGCAGCACCUGAACAGACACAUCUAUCAGAACCAAAUAGACCCGAGCACGAAUUGAGGAACUCACAUAUGCGAGUCUUGGCGAAGCGCAAGAUCGAUGCGACGCUGGCAGCAACCACCCCUGCGCCCAAACCUAAACGAGCGAAACGGAGUUGUCGAAAAUGCGGGCAACAGGCCGGAGAUUGUCGUGGGGCAAAAGAGGUCAGGUUGUGCAGCCGCCCAUGUCGUGACUGCGGUAAGGUGGAUUGUCGAGGUCGGAAUCCUAAGUCGCCAAAUGUAGACUGUGCGCGCGCAAAGUGGGAUGAUGGUUAAUCGAGUUCGGGCUCAUACAUGUCAGUAGGAGUUACAUAGAUAUGUCUUAUGCCUCAGAAAAUGGACUAUAA